CUGUCAAGCUACUGUCGCAGCUGUCACUUCAGCCAUUGAUUGAGUGGAUUGGGAUAAGAAAAUAUUGCUUUCGGGCAUUAAUAAUAUAUUGUAUUUACUAGUGUUUACGCGCGUUAAGUGCGAUAAUGUUUCCUUGGUACUGGUUCUGUAAACAAAGUAUGCGGUAGGAAGAAAUUUUAGAUAACUUUGUCGAAUGUGGAGGUAAACUGUUCACCACAGCUAGAAAAUGGAGUAUUCACCACAAAAUUUGGAAUACGCUGUCUCUGUUUUCUAUAAUGGAGAGCAAAGUGAAAGAGCUAAAGCCCAUGCCUGGCUCACAGCUGCGCAGAGGGUGCCUGAGGCUUGGAAUUUUGUCUGGGAAUUUCUUCAGCCAAGCAAGGGAACCGAAAUCCAAUUCUAUGCAGCUACAACACUGCACACAAAGAUUCUUCGUUGCUGGAAUGAGGUGCCACCAGAGAGCUAUGAAGAGUUGAAAAACAAAUUACUUGAGGCUGUGUUUACUUACUCAAAAGGACCUAAGAUUGUAACCAAUAGAUUAUGUAUCAGUUUAGCAGCAUUUAUCUUACAACAAGGGACAGUAGAUUUGGCAGCCAUAUUAAGCCCUCUGUCUACUCCAGAAAAUACUGCACUAUUAUUAGAAGUACUUACUGUGAUACCUGAAGAAUACAACAGCAUGACAAUGGGAUCCUCCCUGAGAACCAAGAACCGCAUAGCCCUACAACAAGCUUGCCCUGCAGUUCUAGAUGAUAUGUUGCGAUGCUUACAGACUGUUUAUAACCCAGAGUACACUAAAGAGGCUCCAUCAGAGGAGACGGUGCAGAACUGGGUGACGGUGGCGACGUGCGCGUGUAGCUGGCUGACGCUGGGCGGGGAGGACGCGGCCGAGCACCCGCGCGGCUCGCUGCCCGACCGCAUGCCGCUCUGUCGCGCCUUACUGGCCGUCGUGCAGCUACUCUCCACCUGGAACUCAGUGGUAAGUGACUCAGCCCUGGACGCGUGCGAGGCGUGCCUGUCGGGCGUCCGCGCGGCGGCCAGUACGUCGGCGUCGGCGCGCUACCCAGAGUCCGCGCUGCAGCUACUGGCGCACCUCGCCGCGCUCACCGCGCCACUCAUGGCCAGGGACAAUGUGCCCAACUCUGUUAAUGAGGAGCUCUUGUCAGCCCUGUUAACAUGCUGCGUGGCAGUGGGCGAGUGCCACGCGCAUACCCUAGUGACGGCGGCAGAAAGUGCAGAGGAUACAGAGACCACACGCGGCGCCCGCCAGGUCAUUGAACUCGUACUUGCGGCGCAGGCCGCGCCCGGGCACUACCCCAUACAUGAGACUCGGUCCAACCUUACCUUCGGCUUCUGGUAUACGCUACAGGAUGAACUACUAAACCUGAUGGACAGGACGAACGACAUCCACCAAGUGUGGAAGCAGGUGUUCUCGCGGCUGCUAGAGACGUUAAUCACAAAGUCUAUCGCAGCCCCCGACGCCGACCUCUGCAAGGAUGAUCUCGAGCUACUACGGUGCUACCGACAAGAUACUGCAGACUCUGUGAUGUACUGCUACGGCGUGCUGGGCGAGUGGUGCUGGAGCAUAGUGGAGCGCAGCUACAGCGGCGCGGGCAGCGAGGCGGCGCGCGAGGCGGCGCUGCACGUGUUCGCGGCGCUGGCCGACGCCGCGCCCGCGCAGCGCGCGCCGCCCGCGCUGCUGCAGCUGCUGCACCACGCGCUGCACGCCGCGCACUCCGCCACCGCCAAGCCCAUGCUCAGUACUGCACUUGAUUGUCUCGGCGGGUACGCGACGUGGGUGGGGUCGGUGGCGAGUGUGUCUGCGGACGCGGCGCUUGCGUCGCUGGGGCGCGAGUGCGUGCGCGCUGCGGGCGCGGCGCUGGCCCGCUGCCCGCCCGCCGCCGCGCUGGCGCUGCGCAAGCUGGCCGCCGACUGCAGCGGGCCCGCCGCCGCACUCGCGCCCGACAUCGUGCAGGCCGCACAGUCGUUCCAGGGCAGUGGCAGUAAGUCGGACGCGUGGGUCCGGCGGCAGCUGGUGGCGGCGGCGGGCGCGUCGCUGGCGGCGGCCGAGCUGCGGGACGCGGCGCCGCUACUGCAGCCCCUCGCGCGCGCGCUGCACGCAGACCUCGUCGCACAGGCGCAGUCCCCCUUGGGGGGCGCGAGUGCGGCGGAGUGCAGCGCGGCGCUGAUGGGGUCGCUGGCGGCGGCCGGCCCGCUCGCCGCCGACCUGUUCCGCGUACUGGCGCCCGCACUGCCGCCCUACGCCAGCAAUGCCGCGCUCGUAGAGUCCCUGUUCCACAUACUGAAGCAGACGGUGUCGUCUCUAAUAUCCGAGCUGAUGCCGGUGGUGGCGGACGUGGCGGAGCUACUCCUCGCCGGCUUCAACACCUGCCCCUGUGCCUCGGGACUCGAUGUCGUUAAACUGAUGGUGAUGAGCGUGGGUGAGGAAUGGCCGGGAUGUCGCAACGUGCUACGAGCGAGCGUGGCCCCCACGGCGCGACUACUGACGCAGGAGCCCGGCGUGCGCCCCGAUGUUACGGAGGGACUGUUCUCUCUACUACAGACUCUCACCAAGAAGAGGCCGCAGUAUAUAGACUGGAUCGACGACAUGCUACUCAAUCUUAUUGAACUAGCGCUGUGUUCGGUCCGCGUGUGGGAGGCGGGCGGUGCGCGCGCGGCGUGCGGGUGGCUGAGCGCGCUGGCGGCGGCGCGCGCGCACGCGCUGCAGCCCUACGCGCCCGCACUCACCGCCACCGCGCUGCUCUGCAUUGGCUGUGUAUCUGUACCAGGCGGAAUGACGCCUCGAAAUCAAAUCGAGCCGUUAGCGGAUUUGUUGUUAUCUUUGAACCGAGCGACGUGGAAAGAGGCGGGGCAAGGGACGGAGGCGGGGCAGGGGGCGGGGCUAGCGACGUGGCUGCGCAACGCAUUGGCUGUGCCGGACUUCCCCACCCACCACGCUACCGACCCACACAAGCACAAGUUCAUACAGUCCGUCAUCAAGGAAAAGAGCAGUAAACGAAGAAUAUUGGAGUCUGUACAAGAGUUCUCGCUAGUAUGCCGCGGCCUCGUGGACACGGAGUAUGCACGACAGACCAUCGCAUCCAAACAACUGGUGGCGUAAACUAUACACUGUCAAAACGUGGAGUAUAAAUAUAAGGAGCACCAUCUUGUUCGCAACAAAUUCCAUUAGGUACUUAAUUGGUGUCACUACUGUAGCAAAAUAACUGUUGUUACUUACGACUUUACUUACUGUCAGUUACUCAAAACAAUCUUUUAGUGGACAUAAAUAAGGAUGUUCCCGAAACUUUACCUAAUUGUAAACGUACACGUAUUUUUACUUAUCUGACAUCACGACUUACUUAAUUUUAUUGCUAUCGGUGACGUAGCAAUCUUUCAAUCCUAAACUUAAUUCAAAUCUAUUAUUUUAUCAUUAUCUACCUGAGGGACAAAAUAGAAUUUUAAUUUUCACGUACCCACGUUGUUAAAAUCUCAUUGAAUACCCAUUUUUAUUUAUGAAAUUAUGUGGAGACUCCAUAGUAGCACAAAAACCUUGCGCUCAAGCACUCUUGGCGUCACUCAUUUUAUUUACAUUCAUAUUUUAUACACAGAGGUAGUUUUUUGUACCUCUAUACUUCAUGGUAGUACGUUUUAUUAAAAUUAAAUAUAUCAUCUGGUAUACCACGGUCUUCCCUUUUAUACCUAUUAGGAUGCACUAAACUAGAUAUGUCACUUACGCCCGAAUACUGAAAUGUUACUCAAUUUUAGGUUGUACUUCAAUAUAUUGGUAUCUCUGACGUUUAAUAAAGUAUUUGUAGUGAUAGAAAUACUUUUAAGUGUCUUGAAAUUUAGGGGCGUUUGAGUAUUUGAAUUUGAACAUUGGAUACCUCCAUUCAAUAUCUUUGCAACGUUUUUCUAUCGCUUUUGAUGAUUAGAACAAACAAUAAUUGCAAUCAAAUUUACAUAUUAUGUACAUAAUAUUAUAUAUUACGUGUUAUUAACAAUAUUGACAUUGUAAAUAAUACAUAAAAACGUGAUAUCAUCUGUAUAUAGUCGUUAUGAAUUACUUUAUAGUGAAUGAAAAUAAAAGUAUUAAGAAUA